GCCUUUGCUUUCUCUAGUCUCUACAGUCCGCUAUGUCAGUUUUGUCGGACUCUUGCUAGCACAACAAAAAUAUCAGUUGUAUAUGGUAACAAAAAAAAAAUAAAUAAAUUGCGACUGGAUUCGGUGUUGGUGAGGAUUUUUUAUGAUGAUUUCCAACGACUACGUGUUAGAACUAAACAGUGUGUUCUAUUCUGGGCAAGUGGAACCUGCAUCAUGUGCUCAAAGGCUUCUAGGCAGUGUGAAAACUGGAGUUAUCCUGAAAGAUGUUUCUAUGACCGUGUACUCAGGGGAAGUGAUGGCAAUUUUAGGGUCGAAAGGUAGUGGAAAAAAAGCCCUUCUGGAUGUGAUAGCCAGGAGAGUUCAAGGUCCCACCAGGGGUCAAAUUUUACUCAAUAAUCAACCUCUCAGUUUGACAGUAUUCAAUCAGAGAUGCGGUUAUGUCACGCACAAAUGUGACCUCAUACCAGGACUCACUGUAGAAGAAAACCUAUAUUAUACACCCACCAAGUUGGCAGGGUAUGUGAAGAAGUCAAAGGUCAAACAAGUGAUGGCGGAUCUGGCCCUGUCUCAAAUAGCUGGACGAUGUACAGAAAACCUGAACAAGAGUGAAUUUAGAAGGUUGAUGAUUGGACUCCAGUUGGUGAAAGAUCCUGUUGUUCUCCUCUUGGAUGAGCCAACUUGGGAUCUAGAUCCUUUAAAUACCUAUUUGGUGAUUUCGAUACUUUCAAAUGCAGCGAAAAAAUACGGAUCUGCUAUAAUAUUGACAAUGGAGAAGCCACGUUCCGAUGUGUUCCCAUUUCUAGAAAGGGUGCUUUAUCUCUGCCUUGGAGAUGUUGUGUACUCUGGAGGGACGAGGCAGAUGCUCGAAUAUUUCAACGAAAUUGGUUUUCCAUGUCCACAGCUCGAGAAUCCUCUUAUGUACUACUUAUGCUUAUCAACGGUGGAUAGAAGAUCACGGGAAAGAUUCGUAGAGAGCAACCAUCAAAUUGCUGCAUUGGUUGAAAAAUUCAAGAUAGAAGGUGGAAUAUAUAGGAAGGGUACAUCCAUGAACCAUCCCAUGGAACAUGGUUUAGGAUUGGGCAAUAAGAUUCCUCUACUAUUGGAGAAACCUGGCACAUUUAGAGUUGGAUGGACGCUUUACACACGUCUCAUGGCUUCUACGAUAAGUUUUCGGAAAUGCGGAUUAAAAAGUAUGUUCUUGAGAUUAUUCCUAUUGCCAUUGUUUCACCUCAUGUUAUGGAGCAUUUAUAGAGAGAUGAAGAAUUAUCAACAUACUUUCGUAACGAGGAAUGGAUUGAUUCUGAAUAUUCUGUGUGGAUCAUAUUUCAUUGGAAUUAUCAAUGCGAUCUCUUUAUUUUCGGUCUACAGGACGCGGUACUUUCAAGAAUCCCAGGAAGGCCUUUACGGUGGAACCUCAUUCCUGAUGACCUACAACUUCUUCACAAUCCCAUUCUCUUUGAUCUCAACCGCGUUAGCAACAGCGAUCAUUUACCCCUUGGUCGGAUCGUUCAGCGAACCGAUGGAAUAUUUAUAUUUCACCCUCAUACUGUGGGCCUGUUAUCUAUUUUCCGAACAGCAGACAAUGGCCAUCCUGAUCAUGGUAAAAGAUCAGUUAUCUGCGGCUAUAUUCAGCAUCUACAUCACCUGUGUGUGCAUCGCAGUAGGCAGCGGAUUGCUCAGGUCCAUGAAGGGAUUGCAAGACUGGUUGUACUAUCUGACUUACGGCAUACAGGCAAGAUACGCCUCAGCUUUCCUGAACCGUCAAAUUUUCCUCGCGCCAUCUAUGCAAACGGCCUUGAGCUUCGACCAAACGAAAAACUGCAGCAAUAUGAACCUGAUAGAGAGCUCUGGUUCGCUGUCCAACAACCCUUAUUGCCGUUAUCCAAACGGUCAGGCUUACCUGACUGAAAGAUACAGCAGGGAUGCCACUGACGUUAUUUUCAAUGGAGUACUCGAUUUCGACAUAAAUUUAGGUGUUACCUUCGCCUUUGCCGUUGGGAUGUUGGUGUUCAAUCUGUUCUUGUACAUUCUACCUUUACCGGCGUUCAUAAAGGCGAAAUUCAGGGAAUGACAUUAAGUGAGGUUGGAGUUUUUAUUUAUAAUUUGUUGUGUUAUCGGUAAAAGAAGACAAGGAAAUCGUUGAUUUUGAUGCA